AUGCCAAGGCCAGGUCCCAGACCAUAUGAGUGUGUGAGAAGAGCUUGGCACAGUCAUAGGCACCAACCCAUGAGAGGUUUAGUUAUUAGACAGAUUUUCAGGCUUGUACAUGAGAAUCACUGCGCUGCAACUAAGAAGAAUAAAGAAUGGCAAGAGAAGCUUCCUGUUGUGGUGUUGAAAGCCGAGGAAAUCAUGUACUCCAAAGCCAAUUCUGAGGCUGAGUACACGGAUCUUGAGACGCUAUGGGAACGGGUUAAUGAUGCAAUUGAUACCAUUAUACGGAAAGAUGAGAGUACAGAAACAGGAGAGCUCCUGCCUCCUUGUAUUGAAGCUGCACUUAAUUUGGGAUGCGUGGCAAUAAGAGCAUCCAGAAGCCAAAUGCAUAACAAUCCAAGAACUUACCUCAGACCAGCAGUUCAAGAAUCUUGUGGUGUAUCUCCUACAGUUUUAGAUGCGAAUACCAAUGAACGCACAUGUAAUGUAUGGCCUUUGCAUUCUGCCAAUAUCUCAGCAUUGAAUAAAUUCCCGACUGCAGAAUCACCGGGUUUAGUUUUGGAGUCUAGUGGGUGUGUAACACCAAAUACCAACAACCACAUUGCUCCUUCUUGUGAGAAACUUGCGUCCCCUGCCAAUAACCAGAUCCUGCAAGUUAACUCUAACAAACAGUUGAAUGUUGGCUCAGUGUAUCCCUUGUACUAUGGUAACGUGUUUCAAGCUGAAGUCUCAAGGUCGGUCCACCAAGAAUCUCAAAAAUCCAAUCCUGUAAUUGUUGGUGUGCCAAUAUACUCAUCAGUUGCCGAGCCUGCUGAAGUAGGGCGCAUGCAGAAUCUAUUUUCCUGUGAUACAGACAAAUAUGUUACAAAUGGAAGCUCCCAAGCAAAUUCUAGGGACAACAACUGGAUGGAUCCUCAAAUGGGGUGCGACUUGUCCUUGAGAUUGGGUUUGUUUUCUGAGUCAAGCUUGAGCACGGGAAAGAAUUCUGAGUAUGGAACUAAUAUUGGUCGGAGAGUUUCUCAAGAUGGAGGCAAGCCUAGAGACAAGGAGUUUCCUUUCUUUCCUUUGGAGUCUGGUAACUAUUUCUCCAGGUUGCAUACAAGUAGAUGGAAUUCAGAGGGGGAAGGCCAAAAUGUGGAAGAUUUUAGAAAGCGUAAAAUUUCGUCUAUUGCUGAUAUGGACAAUGAGCAAUUUUUCUUGUCUCAUGACCCAAAUUCUAACUGUUUUGCUGGUCAAAUGAAAAGACCAGAAACCCCAGCUUCUAGGAAAUCAGAGGACGAUAAAUCUACUAACUUCGGCGUCCCAAUUUGCGAAAAGGUCCUGCAUUAUAAAGACUCAGCAAGGAGAAGAGAAGGGCCGGGAGAAUCGCCAUUAAGGCUCCGGUUUUAA